AGAGGCCGGUUACGUCGGCUUGGGCCCCCGCGGUGCCUGAUCUAGGAGCCUCGGAGACUCCAACCUUGUCGCGAGAAACAGGGCUGCCCCCGCUUCAGGGCGGCCAGGCCUGUGCCCACCUCUGGCCGGACGGGGAAGUGAGCGGGGCCGGCGACGCCCCCUUCUGCUCCCGGAGCGCCCCGCAGCCUGCGGGCGCCGCCCGACUUUCCAGAGGCCAGGAAACUCCGCCCGGGGCCGGCGCCCUUGACCUCCCGGGGCUGCACCGCGCCCGCCGCCCCGAGCAUCCCGCCCCGCGGUCCCCGCAGCCUCAGUCCAGGUGCAGAGCGGCCCGCAGGCGCGAUGCUGGCGCUGUGGCUGCUGAGCUUCGGGCAGAGGUUGCUGCUCUGGGGCGGGUUGUGCGCGGUCUCCCUGGCGGGCGCCAUCCUCACCCUGCACCUCCUGCGGAUGGUGGCGAGCUACGCGUGGACAUGGCAGCAGAUGCGUGCGGUCCCAACCUUGGAGGGCGCCUACCCCUUCGUGGGACACGCGCUGAUGUUAAAGCCGGACGCGAGAGAUUUUUUUCAGCAGAUGAUUCAGUACACUGAAGAAUACCGACACCUGCCACUGGUGAAACUCUGGCUCGGGCCCGUACCUCUGGUGUUCCUUUAUAACGCAGAAAAUGUGGAGGUAAUUUUAACUAGUUCAAAGCACAUUGACAAAUCCUAUAUGUACAAGUUCCUAGAACCGUGGCUUGGCCUAGGACUUCUUACAAGUACUGGAAACAGGUGGCGCUCUAGGAGAAAAAUGUUAACACCCACUUUCCAUUUUACAAUUCUGGAAGAUUUCUUAGAUGUCAUGAAUGAACAAGCAAAUAUAUUGGUUAAUAAGCUUGAAAAACAUGUUGACCAGGAAGCAUUUAACUGCUUUUUUUACAUCACUCUUUGUGCCUUAGAUAUAAUCUGUGAAACAGCUAUGGGGAAGAACAUUGGUGCUCAAAGCAACGAUGAGUCCGAGUAUGUUCAAGCAGUUUAUAGGAUGAGUGAUUCAAUACAUCAAAGAAUGAAGAUGCCCUGGCUCUGGCUUGACCUUUUGUUCUUUAUAUUUAGAGAUGGAUGGGAACACAAAAGGAGCCUAAAAAUCCUACAUAAUUUUACCAAAAAUGUCAUCACUGAACGGGCCAAUGAAAUGAAGAGACAUGAAGAAGGUAGAAGUAAUGACAAGGACUCUCCUCCACGCAAUAAUAAACGCAGGGGUUUUCUCGACUUGCUUUUAAAUGUGACUGAUGACCAAGGGAACAAGCUGAGUUAUGAAGAGAUUCGAGAAGAAGUUGACACCUUUAUGUUUGAGGGUCACGAUACGACCGCAGCUGCAAUAAACUUGUCCUUGUAUCUAUUGGGUUCGUAUCCAGAAGUCCAGCAAAAAGUGGACAACGAACUGGAGGAAGCGUUUGGGAGAUCUGAUUGUCCUCCUACCUUAGAUGACCUGAAGAAACUUAAAUAUCUGGAAUGUGUUGUUAAAGAGAGCCUUCGCCUUUUUCCUUCUGUUCCUUUCUUUGCCCGUAAUCUUAAUGAAGACUGUGAAGUUGCGGGUUACAAAAUCGUGAAAGGCUCUCAAGUAAUCAUCAUGCCCUAUGCACUGCACAGAGAUCCAAGGUACUUCCCCAAUCCUGAGGAGUUCAAGCCAGAACGGUUCUUUCCCGAGAAUUCGAAAGGACGUCAUUCAUACGCAUAUGUGCCCUUCUCUGCUGGACCCCGAAACUGUAUAGGUCAAAAGUUUGCCAUGAUGGAAGAAAAGACCAUUCUUUCCUGCAUCCUGAGGCAUUUUUGGGUAGAAUCCACCCAAAAAAGAGAAGAACUUGGUCUGGCAGGAGAACUGAUUCUUCGUCCAAGUAACGGCAUCUGGAUCAAGUUGAAGAGGAGAAACACAAAUGAAUCCUAACUAUACUACUGGGCUGCUCUCUUACCACAAAAAGGUCUUUCUUUAAAGGAAGCUUUGCAUUUACAAUUUGUAGAUCAUGAACUCAAUAUUCUUAAUCCCUAAACCUAAUUUUUUUCUUGUCCCCAUUUACCUUGGGGUCAAGUCUACCAAAGCGUGAGUUUUCAUAUCUCCAUCACCAUCAUAGCUCUGACCCCUGGUCUUGAUCCCAAAAGUAAACUGAUGACUGUACCCAAAUAAACACAUAAAACCUUCUCAGCAGAGGGAUCCACAGGCCAAUCCAAUUUCAAUCAAUGGACCCAAAGGAUAUAAUUUAAUUGAAGUUCCAGAAUAUUUUUAAGGUAUUCUUGUAGACUCAGGAACAUAUACAUGCAUGUAUAUAUAUACAUUUGUUUGAAAAGGGUGAGUAAUUAAGUACUUAGACAUAAGGAGCUUAAGUUUCAAGAAUUAUAUCAGUGGCAUCAAUUAUGAGAAGAAUAACAAUUAUGAUACUUUUCAGAUUUAAUCAUCUACAGCAGAUCAUUUAUAAGUUGACUCAGAGGUUCUGUUCCUAUUUCCCUUUGGACGGUGUACUUACAGCCUUCCUUUCAUUCCUCAGAGCAUCACAAUUACCUUUUUAUACCAUGUAUUACUGGAAAAGAUUCCUCUUGGUAAUCUCCCGUCCCUCACAGUGAUUCAGGGAGUUGGUUUAUGGCUUUUGGAGCUCGAAGGACCUUAGAGUUUAUCAAGUUAUGCCGGGGGCUCUCCCUAUCCACGAAUUCUGAAUCCAUGGAUUUAACGAAUGGCUGAUCGAAAAUAUUUGAAAAAGAAUUCCAGAAAGUUCCAAAAAGCAAAGCUAUUUACAUAGCAUUUACAUUGUAUUAAGUAUUAUACGUAAUCUAGAGAUGAUUUAAAGUAUACAGUUGGAGGUUCAAGAUGGCGGAGUAGAAGGAUGUGCGCUCACUCCCUCUUGCGAGAGCACCGGAAUCACAACUAAUUGCUGAACGGUCAUUGACAGGAAGACACUGGAACUCACCAAAAAAGAUACCCCACAUGCAAAGACAAAGGAGAAGCCCCAGUGAGAGGGUAGGAGGGGCACAAUCACAAUAAAAUCAAAUUCCAUAACCGCUGGGUGGGUGACUCACAAACUGGAGAACAAUUAUACCACAGAAGUCCACCCACUGCAGUGAAGGUUCUGAGACCUGCACCAGGCUUCCCAAUCUGGGGGUACAGCAACGGGAGGAGGAAUUCCCAGAUAAUCAGACCUUGAAGGCUAGUGGGAUUUGACUGCAGGACUUCAACAGGAGUGGGGGAAACAGAGACUCCACUCUUGGAGGGCACACACAAAGUAGUGUGCACAUUAGGACCCAGGGGAAGGAGCAGUGACCCCAUAGGAGACUGAACCAGAUCUACCUGCUAGUGUUGGAGGGUCUCCUGCAGAGGUGGGGGAUGGCUGUGGCUCACCAAGGGACAAGGACACUGGCAGCAGAAGUUCUGGGAAGUACUCCUUGGCAUGAGCCCCCCAGAGUCCACCAUUAGCCCACCAAAGGGCCUGCAGGCUCGAGUGCUGGGUCACCUCAGGCCAAACAAACAACAGGGAGAGAACUCAGCCCCACCCAACAGAUUAAAGUUUUACUGAGCUCUGCCCACCAGAGCAGCACCCAGCUCUACCCACCACCAGUCCCUCCCACCAGGAAGCUUGCACAAGCCUCUUAGUUAGUCUUAUCCACCAGAGGGCAGACAGCAGAAACAAGAAGAACUACAAUCCUGCAGCCUGUGGAACAAAAACCACAUUCACAGAAAGACAGACAAAAUGAAAAGGCAGAGGGCUAUGUAUGAGAUGAAGGAACAAGAUAAAACCCCAGAAAAACAAUUAAAUGAAGUGAAGACAGGGAACCUUCCAGAAAAAGAAUUCAGAAUAAUGAUAGUGAAAAUGAUCCAGGACCUCGGAAAAAGAAUGGAGGCAAAGAUCCAGAAGAUGCAAGAAAUAUUUAACAAACACCUAGAAGAAUUAAGGAACAAACAAACAGAGAUGAACAAUAUAAUAACCGAAAUGAAAAAUACACUACAAGGAAUCAAUAGCAGAAUAACUGAGGCAGAAGAACAGAGAAGUGACCUGGAAGACAGAAUGGUGGAAUUCACUGCCAUGGAACAGAAUAAAGAAAAAAGACUGAAAAGAAAUGAAGACAGCCUAAGAGACCUUUGGGACAACAUUAAAUGCACCAACAUUUGCAUUAUAGGGGUCCCAGAAGGAGAAGAGGGAGAGAAAGGACCCAAGAAAAUAUUUGAAGAGAUUAUAGUCAAAAACUAUAACCACCCAAGAGAUAACCACCCAAGUCCAGGAAGCACAGAGAGUCCCAGGAAGGAUAAACCCAAGGAGAAACAUGGUGAGAUACAUAGUAAUCAAACUGACAAGAAUUAAAGACAAAGAAAAAUGAUUGAAAGCAACAAGAGAAAAAUGACAAAUAAAAUAGAAGGGAACUCCCGUAAGGUUAACAGCUGAUUUCUCAGCAGAAACCCUACAAGCCAGAAGGGAGUGGCAUGAUAUAUUUAAAGUGACAUACAAUGGAGAAAAGACAUUCUCUUCAAUAAGUGUUGCUAGGAAAACUGGACAGCUACAUCUAAAAGAAUGAAAUUAGAAUGCUCCCUAACACCAUACACAAAAAUAAACUCAAAAUGGAUUAAAGACCUAAAUGUAAGACCGGACACUAUAAAACUCCUAGAGAAAAACAUAGGAAGAACACUCUCUGACAUAAAUCACAGCAAAAUCUUUUUUGACCCACCUCCUAGAGUAAUAGAAAUAAAACCAAAAAUAAACAAGUAGGGGGUUUCCCUGGUGGCACAGUGGUUAAGAAUCCGCCUGCCAAUGCAGGGAACACAGGUUCGAGCCCUGGUCUGGGAAAACCCCACAUGCCGUGGAGCAACUAAGCCCACAUGCCACAACUACCGAGCCCGCAUGCCAUCACUACUGAAGCCCGUGCACCUAGAGCCCAUGCUCCUCAACAAGAGAAGCCACUGCAAUGAGAAGCCCGUACACCACAAUGAAGAGUAAGCCCCGCUCGCUGCAACUAGAGAAAGCCCACGCACAGCAACAAAGACCCAACGCAGCCAAAAAUAAAUAAAUUAAAUUUAUUAAAAACAAACAAAAAAAACCCAGAUGGGACCUAAUGAAACAAAAGCUUUUGUACAGCAAAGGAAACUAUAAACAAGACGAAAAGACAACCCUCAGAAUGGAAGAAAAUACUUGCAAAUGAAUUAACGGACAAUGGAUUAAUCUCCAGAAUAUAUAGACACCUCAUUUAGCUCAAUAUUAAAAAAACUAACAACCCAAUCCAAAAAUGGGCAGAAGACCUAAAUAGACAUUUCUCCAAAGAGGACAUACAGAUGGCCAAGAAGCACGUGAAAAGCUGCUCAACAGCACUAAUCAUUAGAGAAAUGCAAAUCAAAACUACAAUGAGGUAUCACCUCACACUAGUUAGAAUGGGCAUCAUCAGAAAAUCUACAAACGACAAAUGCUGGAGAGGGAGGGUGUGGAGAAAAGGGAACCCUCUUGCACUGCUGGUGGGAAUGUAAAUUGAUACAGCCACUAUGGAGAACAGUAUGGAGGUUCCUUAAAAAACUAAAAAUAGAACUACCAUAUGACCCAGCAAUCCCACUACUGGGCAUAUACCCAGAGAAAACCAUAAUUCAAAAAGACACAUGCACCCCAAUGUUCAUUGCAGCACUAUUUACAAUAGCCAGGUCAUGGAAGCAACCUAAAUGCCCACCGACAGAUGAAUGGAUAAAGAAGAUGUGGCACAUAUAUACAAUGGAAUAUUACUCAGCCAUAAAAAGGAAUGAAAUUCAGUCAUUUGUAGUGAUGUGGGUGGAUCUAGAGACUAUCAUACAGAGUGAAGUUAGAGAGAGAAAAACAAAUAUCGUAUAUUAACACAUGUAUGUGGAACCUAGAAAAAUGGUACAGAUGAACCAGUUUACAGGGCAGAAAUUGAGACACAGAUGUAGAGAACAAACGUAUGGACACCAAGGGGGGAAAGUGGCGGGUGGGGGUGGGGGUGGUGUGAUGAAUUGGGCAAUUGGGAUUAACAUGUAUACACUGAUGUGUAUAAAAUGGAUAACUAAUGAGAACCUGCUGUUUAAUAAAAUAAAAUAAAAUUCAAAAAAGAGUAAACUCAUUCAAAAACAAACAAAAAACGGAUAUUGACAAAUACAGCUCUGAUUCUAAGGACCCUGUAUUUUGUUUAUUCUGAUGUGAAAUCCUCCGUUGUUUUCUUAUUUCUUUAAGAAAAUAUUAUCUCCUAAUAAAAAGAAAAUAUGUUCAUUAUGUAAGAUUUAUUUGGAAAUUAGAGAUGAAAAAAUAGAAAUCACCCAUAAAAUCACCCUAUGGAGAUAGUAGUAAUAUCUCGGUAUAUCUAUUUCUAGUGUUGUCCUAUACCUAAAUAUAAAUACAUAUUUACAAAAUUAAGAAAAAAAAUAAAGUAUACAGUUGGAUGUGUGUAUCCAUAUGCAAAUACUACACCGUUUUAUAUAAGGGACUUAAGCAUCCAUGGAUUGGUGUCUGCGGGAGGUCCUGGAACCAAUCACUUGUGGAUACCCAGAGAUGACUGCACUCCCUUUUAUUAGAAGGGAAUGAAUUCAGUGGAAAUGUACGUUUCUUCCCAAAUUUAGGCCACUAGUGGGUGAUAAGGUUGGCAACAGAGGUCUUUAAAUCUCUCCACUCCCAUUAUGGUGACACUUCUACAAUAUGCUCUUGCUUUAUGGAACUCAUGUCUCGAUACGUCAUUAGAACACAGAUGUUCUGCCUCUGAUUUUGGCAUAUUUCUUCUAGAAUUCUUUCAUGGUUAAAGGAAAAGAGAAGCCAUUCAUCUAUAUUAGGUAACCCAGUCAUGUCUCACUUAGUAUUGGACUUUCAGUAAAUUCAAUCCUCCAGAACAUAACUGUCAAGCUGAUAACUGACGCCCACUCCCUGAAUUUUAAUGCCAUGGACAAUGUCUCUAGUCCCUCACUCAGUGACUUUUUAAAACUUCAUUUAAUAAGUAAUUUUAAUAAAAUUGUUUUUUCAGUUUUUCCAAGGCCAUAGCUGAUAGAAAUGACAAAUUAAGAGGAUGGAAGAUGU